AUGGCGCUGGCUUUGCUCAUCACGAGUCCCCGUGGCCCAGUCACAGGAGGUUUGGCGUCCUUCAUCCUCCUCCGGAGGCCCGACCUUCCCUCUGCCAUAAGGAGCUUGAUCCUACAGAGGAAAGCAAACAUCAGAAACACAUCCAACAUGGCUGCGGGGUUCCGGCCAGCCAGCUUGGUGGUCCUGCACAGGUCCCUGGUGCCAGCCUUCGAGAGGUUCUGCCAGGCCAACAGUGGUCCUCUGCCCCUGCUGGGCCAAAGUGAGCCAGAGUAGUGGAUGUGGCCCACCCUGGGUGCUGUCCCAGGCAUCAGGACAGUCUGUCCCCAGUUCCAGAAAUAUGAAUGUGGUGACUGCGCGGGCUCCCUGAUCUCGCUGGGGGAGUACUUGGAGCAGCUGAAGGACAUGGUGAUCUUCGUCUUAGACUGCAGCUUCUCCCUGGAAAGGGCCUUGGAGAAGGUGGGGCUCCCCGGAAGAGACCCAAAAGGUCUCAGCCACGCAGGAGCAUACCAGACAACAGUGCCUGGUGCCCCGGUUGCUGGUUUCUGCUGCCCUCUGGUGGCCACAAUGAGGACUGUUCCCAAAGACAAGCUGGAAAGGCUGCUGCAGGCCCCUUGCUCCAUGGGAGGUGACCAAGGACAACCCUUUCACACUGGUGACCCAGAACUGUUGGGAAUCAAAGCACUCUCUAGGCCUGACUAUGGGGAGCCCGUGGAGUGGUGGCCAGGGGACAUCCCAGUGUUCUGGCCUUCUCCACUGACCAGCCUCGAAGCUGUCAGCAGCUGCAAGGCUCCAGUGGCUUUCACCAGCACUCCAGGACGCACGGUAAUGACCGCCCUGAAGGAUACAAAGACUCGGACCAGCUGUCUCAGCCCUGAGGCGACCCCAGAGGUCCACCACGUUUCCCCAGACCCUCUGCACUGUAGCAUUGCAUCAGCUUCCGCUGUUCAGAAGAUCAGAGAACUGGAGGCGAUCUCCAUAGACCCAGGACGUGAGAAAGAGCCGCCUCUGCUUAGUGCCCCCUUUGUGCCAGGCAGUCGGCGGGCGCCACCUCAGGGAGCCAUCACGGCCGUCCUGGCUGCCGCACUCCCCGGAAGCCCUCUGCCCUUGCUCCCUGGCAGAUUUGACCACCUGGUGGCCACAGAGCGCGGGGAGGGCUGCCGAUGGCAGGCGGGGAGGAUGAAGAUCAAGCAUGUGGUCGAUGCCACUGACCACCUUUUCCUCGCAGCACAGAGGAUUCCUGGAGUCUCUCCAGCUGGUGAGUGGGUGGCACUGAGGACUCCACCAAACCUCCUCUGGUCGGCCGGGAAGACAGUCUGGAAAGGGUUACGCGGGUGCAAUGGCUCUCCACUCCAAAGACGCUCUGUUUAUCACGAAGCUGAGCACCAGCCGGUUCCUAACCUGUUGGCUGACCACACGCACCUGGAGAACCCCAAGGCCCUCCCUGGGUCCCAGCGGAUCUAUAUAUUUCUUUCUUCUCCCUCCCCUCUCCCCUCCCCCUCCACUACUUCUACUUCUGCCUCAUUUUUUUUCUUUUUCCAGGAAGCAAAAAUGUUGGACAUCCUGGUGCCGCCCAGAGUCUGGAGUGGAGGCUUGGGUGUCUUAGGCAUGGAGGUGGACGGGCUCCCCUUCCACAGUGUCCACGGAGAUGAUCAGAAGCUGGUGGACACCACCAAAGCACAUGUGUGAUCCUUAAUGUCACAUGCAUGCCAAGUUCCUCCCCAGUGGCCCAGCCUGCAUCCAGAGUUCCCCGAGACCCCCAGCUUCUUCCCACGGCAGCCUUGCAAGUCAACACUGGUCCUGGGUGAGCCACAAGCUCACCACGGGCCCAGGAAGCUGCAAGUCUGCUUCCCAGGAGGGGAUAGUACCAGGAGGGACAUUUCUCUGGGCUCCCAGUCUCUGCUUUGGUUCCUGGGACCCUGGCACAUUCUCUCAACCCUCCUCCACACCGGCUGCUCCAAGCUCCCAUGCCAAGUCCACCCAGAGAAGCUUCUUGCCUGUCAUUUAGGAGGACCCCAGUGAAUGACUGACUGCUUUGGGGCUUUAGGGAAGGAUUACUCACCACCCACCCAAAUAUUUAUAAUUUUAAAAUGCUCUUUUUCAAAUAGCAUUUUGUUUACUCAGGCAAGAGAUUCCUCCAGCCAUCACCUCCCAGGUUGUGUUGUCCUCUUCAGCCCUGACACUGCCACCUCCUCCCCAUCUCCUCAUCCCCACCCUGAGCGGGGCCCCUUGGCCUCCCUGCACCAUAGGGCAGUUCACCCCUGGAGCCCAAGGGUGCUCAGGGCCCAGGGCGCAGGCCUGUCAGAGUCCUCCUGGACAGCUCUGAUCAGCCCACCCUACCCCUCUCUCAACUCCAGCUGCACAUUUUCCAACAAAGUCAGAAACUGAGUCACCAACCAUAUCCCAUUAUACUCUCACAUCUUGGACCAGGACAGCUUCUUGUGUGGGACCCUGCUGAGUGACACUGACUCAUUCAGAUUGCAGGGAGGGGCAUCUGGCCACCAGAGAGGCCUCCCAGUGUUUGUUGGGCCUGUUUAAUUUCAUUUUAUUCAACAUGCUGGUUUAAUGUGCAUUCAUCGUGAAGAAGGAACUAGCCCUCCUUUUUUUUUACAGACUUGACACUCCUGUAAAACACAGGUAGAUAGGGAAUGGGUAGGGGGUAACUUCCAGCUCUCUCUAUACAGUGUAUCUGGGCGGAAUUAGUUGGGGUGGGGUCUCUGUCCAGACCUCCUUUGUCAUUCUGCAGGGGUUCUACCUACAGGGUCUUGGCUCUUGCUGGUGUGGCAUCAGGCGAUGCACCCAGAAUAGGCACUCAGUCCCCACCUGUGACCUCACAGCUCUCUGUGAACCCACACCAAAUUCCCUGGCCACCUUUCCUCCAGUUAUAAUUUUUGUCCUUGAUUUGGGACAUAGAGUUCCAUGUCAUGAGGGGUGGGGUGGGAGGCUCUGAUGAAGAUGGUACCCUGACAUUUUUGAAAUCUUGAUGGCUAUAAGAGGAAAAGAUGCCCAUGUUCUUCUGAAUCACAUUUCGGGGGAAGACA